ACUCAGAUCAGAACGGACUGGCUGAGAGACCGUCUUCCAGGCUUUUAUCGUGAAGCGCAGAAGCGGAAGUCCUCCAGUGCUCCAGUGCUCCGUCACAUCCGGCUGUUUGCCGUGUUUUCCCUCGUGAGGAGCCGCGGCGCGCCAACACAGAGAUGGAGGAAGACGGACCGACGCUGCCAGCAGAAGUCCAGCAGGGAGAGGAGACGAUGGACGUUACCGUGACGACACAGCUGGGAAAUCUGCUGGUGACUCCUGAUGCAGCUCAGACACCGCUGCCAGCAGCGGCCUUCAACCCCGCGGGUCCGGCGGACGGGGAUUCAGACGAUUCAGACAGCGAUAGUUCUUCCUCGUCCUCCUCCUCCUCCUCCUCCUCUUCCUCCUCCUCCUCUUCGCCCUCCCCCCGUGUGCUUGAAGACUUUGAGGACGAUGAUGAAGGCUUCAGCCAACCGGUGACCAUCAAAACCCGAGAUGAAGUUCUGCUGGAGGAUCUUCCAGCUGUAGAGGAGGUCUGUGUGACGUUACCGGAGGAAGCAGAACUUCUGCCAGUGGGAACCAUCUCCAGUAUUGUUCAGCAGCUUGUCAUCGUCCAGUCCCUGAAGGACACGCCCCCCCUGAAUGACGACAGCAUCAUGUUUCGCUCUGACAGGCUGGCCGUGGGGAAGGUCUUCGAGGUCUUCGGUCCAGUCUUCAGUCCUCUGUACGUCCUUCGCUUCAACUCAGUAGAACAGAUCAGCAACAAAGGUCUGUCAGAAGGCCUGACGCUGUACUACGCUCCCAACAUCAGAGAGUACACCGGAUACAUCCUGACACAGCAGCUCAAACUUCUGAAGGGCUCCGACGCCUCCUGGAGGAACGACCAGGAACCACCAGAGGAGGCUUUAGAUUACAGCGAUGAUGAGAAGGAGCAGGAAGCAAAGAGGAAGAGUAAAACCCAGAAGAGGAGGGGCAGGAGGCCAGACCACCCUGCUCAUAUUACCCACAACGCCUUGCAGCAGAAGCCGGAGACGAGGGGUCUCCCCCCCAUGCACUCAGGACCUUCCUUCAGGCAGCAGGAGCGGCGGGCCGAGCCGGCGGCCUACAGACACACCUACAUGCCCCCCAUGUACCCCCCGCCCCCCUGCCCUUACCCCCCUCCUCUGCCCAGCUUCCCCCUCUACCCCCCUCCACCUCCCCCGGCCUUCUUCAACCCCUCCUUCACCUCCCCCCCUCCCCCUCUCUGGCCACCCAGCACCGUCCCCUUCUCCGACUACCCCCCUCCCCCACCACCUCCUCCCCCGCCCCCUCAGUGAGCCCUGUGGGACCCCCCCCCCCCCCCCUGCCGUUUGUGGAGCAGUGUGCCGACCUGCGAACACACCAGGAGUGUGUGUGGACUCGGCUGGUGCAGGAGACUUUCCCUCACGGCACAGUUCUGAGUCAUGAAGACCAGACCCGGACAGAGUCGGUCUUUUUUAGAAGACAUGAGCUCCAUCAGUCGGGACGGCAGAGGACGCUCUGGCUGCUCCAGCCUCAGAAGGUUCUCCGGCUCCUGAUGGAGAGUUAACGGAGUGUGUGGAACCACGGCCACACACUCCAGGUUCAAUAAAGUCAAGACAGAACGAC